UCCAAAUGUCACAAGAAUUUUUUUCAUUUGUUUUGUCAGAUGAAAUUCUUUGUUUUGAUCGAUGAUCAAUGUUAUGAUUAAUCUUUUUGAUUAAAUAAAGUGCAAAUUAUAAACUAUAUUGUGAAAAACUACUUUUCGGGGUAUUUGUGCAAAAAUUUGUCGUUAAAAUGUGUGAUGAGCAGCAGGGAUCACUUUUGAUGCUGCCUGAAGUAGCACUGGAGAAGAUUUUUUCUUUUCUAUCCUAUGAUCAAAUUGCCAAAAAUAGAAUUGUAUGUACCAAAUUUAACGAAAUUGGUAGCAAACUCCUCUCAAGAGGUUUUAUUCAAAUUGAAAAACGACAUGCAGCUUGUUUCAAGAGAGUAAAAGCUGCUUUGCCAAGAAGAGAAUCCGAAAGAAAUUCGCAUCCCAUGGCGAGACAUUGUGACAUACUUCAAGGAGUAGAGACUCGACUGAGCAUGCUGAAUAUGACUUACAUGAGGUGUAUGGAGAACAGACUUAUUUGUUUUAUUCCAGGAAAGGUAUUAGAUGAAAUUAAAAUAAUACUGGAUUUGGUAGAGAGUAACAACUCACCGCCAAGGACACAUUUGCUGCUUCAAGAAUUAAGGGACUUGAGCAGUAUGGCAAUUGAGCAUUUUGAUGAGAAUAUUUUUCCUCGAUGUAAAGAGCAGCUGGCGCAGCUAAGAGAUUCUCCAGAGCAAAUUCUAAAGGAUCUAGAACUAGCUAUGGCAGGUGGUCUGCCGCCUUUAUCGAAUGUUAAAGGUAUAAUGUACAAAAAUAUUGCUUCUGCCACUAAGCAGGCCCCUGGAGUUUUGUUGCCCCAGCCUUUUCCACAACGAAUCUCCAACGAUAUUCUUAAAGUCAAAAAAGUAAUCAAAACUCACAAACAUCAUAUCUCUUACUUGGCUCAAACCAGUAAGAAAUUGUGGGUAAAGAUGCGGAAGCAGAAAGACAGACUACGCAUUCAAGAGACGAAAAUACGUGACCAGGAGCGCAAACUCCAAGAACAAAGUACGAAAAUAGCAGAACAAGAGGCCACAAUAAUUGACAUGAAAAAACACAUGGACGAGUGGGAUCAAAAGUACAAAGAUCUUACUUCCGAACUUGUCCGAGCCAAAGAUGAAAUUUUAUUAAAAACAUCCCCCAUUAGCAGUACCCAUCCAAUGUUACCAAAUUCGCUAUUGAGCCGAAAUAUAUUGCCCACGACAGCACCCACACCAUCAUUUAAAUCUAAUAUCAAACCGCGAAUCGCCAAUAUAUUACCCAAAAGCUAUUUGGGAUUUGAUUUGGAGCGGAAAAGAAAAUCUUCUGCUAGUCCCGAGGUGCCGCUGAAACGUAGUAGAAGUCCAAGCAUGCCCGGAGUUCUACCAAGCCAGAAUUGUUUAAGAAAUUUAGACAAUGUUACCAUAAAUUUACCGAAUUUAGAGAAUUUCGAAAGUGAAACUAGUAAAUCGGGUCGGGAAAAUGAAUCAGAAAGUAAACUGCCAGAGACGGGCAGUAUAUUGGGUCCAUUUCUUGAUGGUUUGUUGAAAGGAAAAGCUAGAAAACGGAAAAUGACAGAUGACAUUGAUUUAAAAUAGAUAGAAAAUGCUGUCGUACUUGCAAAUCAUCUAAUGCAACUAAAAGCUUUUCUAUGUAUAGGGUCUUGGACUAGUGUGACAGAAUACCUAUUUUUUUGUUUACCUCAUAAUUUUGAAAGUAUUUCGGUUGGAGCUUCAAAAGAGCUAAUUGCAAUAAUUGCAUUCAUACAAUUAUUUAAUUAUUAAGUAUAGCAUGGUAUUUUUUGACUGCCCAGUCAUCUUCGGCUUAUUCAAAAGUGCGCUCAUAUUAGGUUUCCCUUUGUUACUAAGCGAUAAAACGAGUUUCCAUCAGUAAAAUCGAAAUUCCAUAAAAUAAUUCCAUUAUUAAAAUUAAUAUUGUUAAAAAUACAGAUAGGCAAAAACAUUCUCUCAUUAUAUCUCUUGUAAGAGACAUUGAUAAUUGAAAUGAAGAGUACCCUUAUCUAUAGUGAAUUGAAAAAAGAAAUAAAAGAUGUCAAUAAAAAUUUUAAAAGGUACUGAGCCUUGAGACCCAUUAUUUUUAAGUUUAAAAUCAUUUGAGAAGUCGGCUUUGAAAGCAACUUGAGUAAAUGUCAAGUAGGUAUAUUUAUUUUAACCUUUAUCGGUUAGUUUUAAUAUUAUGAGGCUUUUAAGGAUAAAAUAGGAAUUUUGCCACAUCGAGCUCGAGUCUCGUGCUUCCAGCUAGUUUGGUUUAUUCUAACUAUCCAAAACCUUUAAAUACACCGUUAACUACCCUCUUAGUACUUUACUUUAGGAGUUAAACAGAAACAUUGUAAACCUUGUUGGAGCGAAUGCUGCGUAUUUUUACUAACUUAUAACAAAUUAAUUACAAUUUUUACCACAUAAAAGUAAAUUAAAAAUAAUAAUUUUCUUAUAUUUUAUUAUAUUAUAUAUUAAUUUUUUUUUAUUAUAUUCAUUUAUUCCGACAAAUUUCUUUAGUAGUUUAGCUAUCGGUCGUUUCAUCUAAGAAAAUAAACAUAUAAAUUAAAUUCUUGGCGCUUUGUCUCUUUGGAGACAUUGCUGUAUUACUCACAAAAAGCAACAAUGUAUGAAAAAUGUUAACAACAAUAUCGUUUUUUAUUUCCGAACUUCCAAGAGAGGUAAACUUAAAAGUAUAAACUUGAAAUGUUAUUAUACUGUUUGAAAUUUGGAGUUUUUAGUUAUAGGUAUCUUUGUAAAACGCCUUCGUUUCAAUUAUUCUUCUUUUGUACCAACAGAAAUCUUAAAAACGACUUUAAAGAUAAAAUAUGUUGAAAAAUAAAAAAUUGUUUGAAAAUGAAAGCGUAAAUACACUGUAAAUAUUUUAACGCUUUCAUUUUCAAACAGGCGUUUUAUAAAUAAAUGACGGAAUGUGCGGAUAGGGAUGUUCAUAUAUAGAGAAUAUGUUAUUCAGUGAUGAGUAAUCCUUUCAUGAACAUCAUGUCGAUCUGUUGCAGUUUGUUACUCAACCUAAAAAAUACGAAUUUAAAUAUUGCAAUUAAAAAACUCUCAAAAGAUUAAUGUA